AUGCGGAGCUCGGGGCCCCGGGGUGCGGGACGCCGGCGGCCCCCGGGCGGCGGCGACGACCUCCCCAGCACCCCCGCGUCUCUGGCCGGCUGCUACUCCGCACCUCGCAGGGCCCCCCUCUGGACUUGCCUUCUCCUGUGCGCCGCGCUCCGGACCCUCCUGGCCAGCCCCAGCAACGAAGUGAAUUUGUUGGAUUCACGGACUGUCAUGGGGGACUUGGGAUGGAUUGCUUUUCCAAAAAAUGGGUGGGAAGAGAUUGGUGAAGUUGAUGAAAAUUAUGCCCCUAUCCACACAUACCAAGUAUGCAAAGUUAUGGAACAGAAUCAAAAUAACUGGCUUUUGACCAGUUGGAUCUCCAACGAAGGUGCUUCCAGAAUCUUCAUAGAACUCAAGUUUACUCUUCGGGACUGCAACAGUCUUCCUGGAGGGCUGGGGACCUGUAAGGAAACUUUUAACAUGUAUUACUUUGAGUCAGAUGAGAAUGGGAGAAACAUCAAGGAAAACCAGUACAUAAAAAUUGAUACCAUUGCUGCCGAUGAAAGCUUUACAGAACUUGAUCUUGGUGACCGUGUCAUGAAACUGAAUACAGAGGUCAGAGAUGUAGGACCUCUAAGCAAAAAGGGAUUUUAUCUCGCUUUUCAAGAUGUGGGUGCUUGCAUUGCUCUCGUUUCCGUUCGUGUGUACUAUAAAAAAUGCCCUUCUGUGGUACGACACUUGGCUGUCUUCCCUGACACAAUCACUGGAGCUGAUUCUUCACAGUUGCUUGAAGUGUCGGGCUCCUGUGUCAACCAUUCUGUGACAGAUGAACCACCCAAAAUGCACUGCAGCGCUGAAGGGGAGUGGCUGGUGCCCAUUGGGAAAUGCAUGUGCAAGGCCGGAUAUGAAGAGAAAAACGGCACCUGUCAAGUGUGCAGACCUGGGUUCUUCAAAGCUUCACCUCACAGCCAGAGCUGCAGCAAAUGUCCACCUCACAGUUAUACCCAUGAGGAAGCUUCAACCUCUUGUGUCUGUGAAAAGGAUUAUUUCAGGAGGGAGCCUGAUCCACCCACAAUGGCAUGCACAAGACCCCCCUCAGCUCCUCGGAAUGCCAUCUCAAAUGUUAAUGAAACUAGUGUCUUUCUGGAAUGGAUUCCUCCUGCUGACACUGGUGGAAGGAAAGAUGUGUCAUAUUAUAUUGCAUGCAAGAAGUGCAACUCACAUGCAGGUGUGUGUGACGAGUGUGGCGGUCAUGUCAGGUACCUCCCCCAGCAAAUCGGCCUGAAAAACACCUCUGUCAUGAUGGUGGAUCUGCUUGCUCACACAAACUAUACCUUUGAGAUUGAGGCAGUGAAUGGAGUGUCCGACUUGAGCCCAGGAGCCCGGCAGUAUGUGUCUGUAAAUGUAACCACAAAUCAAGCAGCUCCCUCUCCAGUCACCAAUGUGAAAAAGGGGAAAAUUGCAAAAAACAGCAUCUCUUUGUCUUGGCAAGAGCCAGAUCGCCCCAAUGGAAUCAUCCUGGAGUAUGAAAUCAAAUAUUUUGAAAAGGACCAAGAAACCAGCUAUACAAUUAUCAAAUCUAAAGAGACAACUAUAACCGCAGAGGGCUUGAAACCAGCUUCAGUAUAUGUCUUCCAAAUUCGAGCACGCACAGCAGCAGGCUAUGGUGUCUUCAGUCGAAGAUUUGAGUUUGAAACCAUCCCAGUGUCAGUUGCAGCAUCCAGCGAUCAAAGCCAGAUUCCUAUAAUUGCUGUGUCUGUGACAGUGGGAGUCAUUUUGUUGGCAGUGGUUAUUGGCUUCCUCCUCAGUGGAAGUUGCUGCGAUUGUGGCUGUGGAAGGGCUUCUUCCCUGUGCGCUGUUGCCCAUCCAAGCCUAAUAUGGCGGUGUGGUUACAGCAAAGCAAAACAAGAUCCAGAAGAGGAAAAGAUGCAUUUUCAUAAUGGGCACAUUAAACUGCCAGGAGUAAGAACUUAUAUUGAUCCACACACCUAUGAGGAUCCCAAUCAAGCUGUCCAUGAAUUCGCCAAGGAGAUAGAAGCUUCAUGCAUCACCAUUGAAAGAGUUAUUGGAGCGGGUGAAUUUGGUGAAGUUUGUAGCGGACGUUUGAAACUUCCAGGAAAAAGAGAAUUACCUGUGGCAAUUAAAACCCUUAAAGUAGGCUAUACUGAAAAGCAACGCAGAGAUUUCCUGGGUGAAGCAAGUAUCAUGGGGCAGUUUGACCAUCCUAACAUCAUUCACUUAGAAGGUGUUGUGACCAAAAUUACACAUACAGGUAAACCAGUGAUGAUAGUGACAGAGUAUAUGGAAAAUGGCUCUUUAGAUACAUUUUUAAAGAAAAAUGACGGGCAGUUCACUGUGAUCCAGCUGGUUGGUAUGCUGAGAGGCAUCGCUGCAGGAAUGAAGUACCUUUCUGACAUGGGCUACGUGCAUAGAGACCUUGCUGCCAGAAACAUCUUAAUAAAUAGUAACCUUGUGUGCAAAGUGUCUGACUUUGGGCUUUCCAGGGUACUGGAAGAUGAUCCUGAGGCAGCCUACACCACUAGGGGAGGCAAAAUUCCAAUCAGAUGGACUGCCCCAGAAGCUAUAGCUUUCCGAAAGUUUACCUCUGCCAGUGAUGUCUGGAGCUAUGGGAUUGUGAUGUGGGAGGUUGUGUCUUAUGGAGAGAGACCCUACUGGGAGAUGACCAACCAAGAUGUGAUUAAAGCUGUAGAGGAAGGCUACCGUCUGCCAAGCCCCAUGGACUGUCCUGCUGCUCUCUACCAAUUAAUGCUGGAUUGCUGGCAGAAAGACCGAAAUAGCAGGCCCAAGUUUGAUGAAAUCGUCAACAUGUUGGACAAGCUGAUCCGUAACCCAAGUAGCUUGAAGACGCUGGUCAAUGCAUCAAGCAGAGUACCUAAUUUGUUAGCAGAACAUGGCUCACUGGGGUCUGGGGCCUACAGAUCAGUAGGUGAAUGGCUAGAAGCAAUCAAAAUGGGCCGAUAUACAGAGAUUUUCAUGGAAAAUGGAUACAGUUCAAUGGACGCUGUGGCUCAGGUGACCUUGGAGGAUUUGAGACGGCUUGGAGUGACUCUUGUUGGUCACCAGAAGAAGAUUAUGAACAGCCUUCAAGAAAUGAAGGUGCAGCUGGUCAACAGGAUGGUGCCAUUGUAA